AUGGGUGCCACGGAACAUGUGGGUGUUGAAAGAGGGAAUGAAAGUGAAGGUGGAAUGAGGGAAGAAAGGGGAAGGGAUUUGGAGAAAGGUGAAGUGGGUUUUGAUGAGAGAAAAACUCAAAGCAAUGAUGUUGAUGAUGGUGAGAAUGUUGACCAUGGUCAUGGUCAUGGUCAUCAUGAUGAUGAAGAGUUUAAUCUUUCUAGAUUUCAUAGAUUGAAUCCUACUAACCCUUUGAGGAUUGUGAUUAAUAGCUCAACCAGAGCUGCAAGACCUUCUCCUCCAACUCAAUCUCAACGCUCUCAUGCAAAUACACGUUCUGUUCCAACACAAAUACCAAUACCAACACCAGCACCAGCACCAGCACCAAUUCAAACUCCACAACCACCACCACCACAACCGCAACCGGUGACAUUGAAUUCAAGAAGAUAUACCAACAGAAUAUCCUUGUUUAUAUUCUUAUUUCACCAAUUACUAGCUAUAGCUUUUGUGUGCUUUCUCGUUUUCAAGGGAAUCCAAGGACUUAUACAAGAAUCUGGUUCUGUUAAAAGAAAAGAGAAAAAAGUGUUGAAGUAUUUUCUUCCACAAGUGGAAGCUGCAACUUUUAUGAGCAUAAUUCUUGCUUUUAUCUGGCAAGGUGCAAUUCGAAAAUGGCCAACUUUUAUGGUUCAUUUCAUACUUUGGUUUACUUUUGUGAUGUCUCUUGCCGCCGGGAUUCUUCUUAUUUGCUUCCAAAAGGCUCCGACCGAUGGUGUCGGUGUUUGUUUCAUUGCUUUCGCAAUUGGAAAUGGCUUAUAUGGUUGUUGGGCUAGUCAUAGAAUUAAGUUUUGUUGUAAGAUCUUGACUCUGUCGCUUCAACCUAUGUCAAAAUUCAGCGAUUUGAAUCGACCUACUUACAAUAUGCUUGCGGUUGGGUUCUUAUGGAUAUCGCUAUGGAUUUUAGCUGUUGUUGGAGCUUUGAACUUUUAUUUUCCGCCUUUGGUUAUUAUCGGGUUGGUGGUGAGUUUGAUGUGGACAACCGAGGUUAUGAGGAAUGUUGUUAAUAUAACGGUUAGUAGGGUUAUUGCAUUGUAUUACCUGCGAGGAAUGCAAUCUAGCACGCAAUUUUGCUUUCUGAGAGCAUUGACUCGCAAUCUUGGUAGUGCUUGUUUGGGUUCUCUAUUUGUGCCAACAAUUGAAGCAUUGAGAAUUGUUGCUAGGGGGCUGAAUUUGCUCGAGGGAGAAGACGAGUUCAUGUUUUGUUGCGCUCGUUGUUGUUUAGGCGUCAUGGAAUCGAUUUUCAGAAAUGGCAAUAGUUGGGCUUAUGUACAGAUAGCAGCCUAUGGAAAAGGUUUUGUAAUGGCAUCACAAGACACAUGGUCCCUAUUUGAGAAGGAAGACAUGGUGCCAAUUGUAGAUGCUGACAUAACCAGCUCAAUUUGUUUCCUAACAGGAGUUUGUAGUGGCUCUAUGUGUGUUAUUGUUAUGGCUUCUUGGACUCAAAGUGUUCACCAAAGUUUCACAGCUACCUUAUCUUUACUCACUUUCUUCAUUGGAUACCUUUUGACAAGGAUUUCAAUGGCAGUACCUCAUGCUUGUGUAAGUUGUUACUAUGUUUGCUAUGCUGAAAAUCCAGAAAACAGAUUGUUUGAUAAAACAAUCAAAGAUCGUCUCGCUUUGUUAAAAACCGGUCGCGAAGCGACUAUACCUACACCAAGAGGAUUUCGGAGAUAUACUUCUAGAUCUUAA